AGGAAACUUGAGUCGGUGAUUUUUUCCAAAUAAACAACCCUUUAUCUACUCUGAUUAAUGGACUUAUUAUAAAAUAAGUGUGAGUCCGUUAAUUUAUCCAUAAAAUUUGAGUUAAAUAUCUUAUUAAUUAAAAAUGGCAUACAUCAAUAAAAAUAGAAUAAUGCAGAAUACUUUAAAUGCUAUUAUCUGCUUAAUAUUAAGAUUUCUCUGAAUAUAUUUGUUAUUAAUUUAUUAUGUUUUUUUUUCUUUGAAAAAAUUAUGACAUUAAAGUCUUAUUACUUUCAGGCAACAGGAAAAGAGAGCUGAAGAAAUAUCUUCUAAUAGUGGAAAUGUUGGGCAAGAUUCGCAUUUUUCUAAUGAAAAUAUUGAUACACCAGGAGUUGAAAUUUCAUAUGAAGACAAUUUUGAAAUAUCAGGCAAAAGAAUUGUUGACAUUAAGUUUUUUGUCAAUAAACUUCAACAGUUGAAUAAGCAUAGUCCAUUCGGAUGCAGUUUAUCUGAUAUGGAUAUAACUUCUGAAAUUAGAAGAGGCUUAAUAUCUGGGCUUAAAUUUAAAUGUAAAAUGUGCAAUUUAACAGAAGUGAUAUGGACUGAAAACUUAAAUGAAAAUUUAAUGAACUCCAAUACGGCUGCUGUUGCAGGAAUUAUAAAAGUAGGUGCAGGAUUUGCUAACAUGGAGGAACUUUUUUCUACAAUGAACAUUCCUUGUAUGACCAACAAAACUUUCACUAAUGAAAAUGAAAGCCUUUCGCAGGCUUGGCAGCUAGCUGCGUUGAAUGAAAUGAGUGAUGCUGCAAAAGAAGAAAAAAAUAUUGCGAUAGGAAAAGGUGAUGUUGAUUUAGAUGGAAUCCCUCUAAUUACAGUUACUGUUGACGGUUGCUGGGGGAAAAGAUCAUAUAGAACAAACUAUUCCUCUUCAUCUGGUGUAGCUUCUAUUGUUGGCCAAGCUACAGGAAAAGUUCUUUUUCUUGGAGUGAGAAACAAAUAUUGCUGCAUAUGCUCGCGAGCAACUACCAAGCAAGUAUCACCUGCGAAACAUGUUUGCUAUAAAAAUUGGUCUGGGAGCUCUUCAGCCAUGGAAUCGGACAUUUCAGUUGAAGGCUUCAAUAAUAGCAUUCAAAUGCAUGGAUUAAUUUAUUCUAAAUUCAUUGGAGAUGGUGACAGCAAUUUCUUUAAGAAGAUUUUAGAUUCUCGGCCAUAUGACUCUGUCACCGUCGAAAAAAUUGAAUGCACUAAUCAUCUGUUGAGAAAUGCUUGUAAUAAGCUAAAAGAAAUUGUUAAGUGUGGUAAGUACGGGCACCACACACUAAGGAAGUUGCUCGACGAUCGAAUUCUUAGAUUUCGGACAGCAGUUACCAUGGCCGUUCGAUUCAGAAAAAACGAAGAAAAUGCAAACGAAAACAAUCGAAUCCGUGCCUUGAAAGAAGACAUUUUAAACGUACCUAUGCAUAUUUUUGGAUGCCACGACCAUUGCGCCUCAUACUUCUGUAAAAAGAAGGAAGAAAAAAAUUUCAUUGUAGAUCUUAAAUCUAUUGGCCUACUUGAGAAAGUAAUGGGAGUAGUGAAUCACCUGGCUGACAACUCUAGAAGCUUACUGUUCAAAUCCAACAACAAUAGCGUUGAGCAGUUCAACAGCAUAAUUGCUAAAUUUGUUGGAGGAAAGAGGGUCAAUUAUAGUCAGCGUGGCUCCUAUCAAACACGGUGUAACGCUGCAGUU